AUAUACACACAUUUUCUUUCUUUUUCUUUUGUUUGCGAUCUCGCGAUGAGUGACUCCAAAGAAACGCUAAGGGACCGUUACUUACAACUUUUGCUUCAUGUUACGAAGGAAGCACCAAAAGCUACGUUUUAUAUGCACGGAGGGACCACUGUUCAAGGCAAUUUGCGUGGCACUGACAGCGAAAAUAAUCGAUUUAGAGUGGAUCAGUUAGAAUCACCGCUUGGUCUUUACGAACACGCAGUCCUGCGCGGCACUGAUAUUGACAUGAUUGAAUAUUCCAUUCAGAAAUAAAGACCAUACUCCCUUUGUCAUCCAAAUGUGAAUACUUAAAAAGGCAACUGCUUGCGUUGCUUUAUUGAGCACAAAAAUAUAGGUGACCCUUAUUAUUGUCAAAUUGGUCGCCGAAAACUAAACACAAAAAGACUCCUUGUGUCUCAUCUCGUUUACUUGUCUUUGCUUAUAUACAUAGCUCUGAUACAUCUGAAUAUGACUAGGUUUCUACAUAUAUCCUUAUAACUUUCCCUCGGCCUUGGCCUUUCUCUAUAGAUUAGGCUCAAAAGAGCGUGUAUUACCUGAGUAACAUUCGCAACUUUAAACCUUUUUUUCAAGCGGAGCAAGUAACUCAAGGCUUCUUUAAAUAAGUAUAUGUUGAGCGUGCUGUAUAACUUUAAUUUUAUAAAGCUGCAUAGUGUUGUCUAUGAUUUGAGCUGCUUGACACCCUUGAUAUGUAGCAUGAAAUGAUCGUGGUAAAAUAAAAACUUGUAAGCCUUGGUUUACAAUUUAGAACUGAGUCUCUUAGACAAGGAAGACACCCAAUCAACAACUUCAACAUUUGUUACACAGGAACCGUAGAAAUCUGUAGUGGUAAUCUAAUUAGAUUUAUACACAUAAUCACAUCGCCAAAUGUAGAAUAAGGCAAGCCCGGUUUGUACUCUAUUUAACUCUUGUACAUUGUAGCCAUUUCAGUAAAUGCCAGUGAUCACAUAUGUGGAGCAAAUGUAAUAAAUCCUGUAUAACAUUUCGAACUUUAUUCUGAAAGCUUACAAGGGUAUAAUAACCAAAACUAACUGGCAAGUAUAAGCACAGAAAAUAAUGAAUGAUCUCCUCUUCAUUGAGCUAGUAAAAAUCUAGAUCUUGAUUUGUUUGUUUGCUUGUGAAUUUCCAAUUGGUUGUUUGGGCUCACCAAUAAACUAUUUUUGAGGCUAUCCUAUUUACGAUCGAUCCAACACACACACAAACAGAAUCCAGGAAGAACAAUAGAAGUCUUGCAGGUUUCUCAAAAAGAAGUUGACAAGCUAAGCACGGUGUAACGUGUCCCAGGCUAACAUUGUUAUUGACAGUUUGAUCAUGGGGGACAAACAACAACAAAUAAACUUAUGGGGAAAGGCUUCUUCCCUUCUCAACCUACAAGCAUCUUCAGCCCAAAAACAUGACAAAAUGUAUGAAACUAACAAAAAAAAGCU